UUUCCGGGUGCCAUGGUGCAGGUUUCGCUUAGUAGCUGAACAGGCUUGAAUGAUCCUGUGUGCUUUGCUCUCUGUCCUGCCGCUGGAUGCUGUGGAGGGUGCUCAGGCAAGCUCCGAAGUUGCGACAUGGAUGCAUUGACCUAUGAUGAUGUGCAUGUGAACUUCACUCAAGAAGAAUGGGCUUUGCUGAAUCCUACACAGAGGAAUCUCUACAAAGAUGUGAUGUUGGAGAUCUACAGGAACCUUAAAGCUGUAGGCUACAAUUGGGAAGACCAAAACACUGAAGAAUAUUGUCAAAGUUCCAGAAGACAUGGAAGGCAUGAAAGAAGUCAUACUGGAGAAAAACCCUCUGAAAAUACUCAAUGUGGUAAAGCCUUUGGAUGUCACAGUCAUCCCAAAAGGUAUGAAAGAAAUCAUACUGGAGAGAAACCCUAUGAUGGUAUUCAGUAUGGUGAAGCCUUUGUACAUCACUAUAGUCUCCAAAUGCAUAAAAAAAUACAUACUGGAAAGAAACCCUACAAAUGCAAUCAAUGUGGUAAAGCCUUUGCACAAACCAGAACUCUUCAAAUACAUAAAAGAACACAUACUGGAGAGAAACCUUACAAAUGUAAUGAAUGUGGUAAAGCCUUUGCACAAUACAAUACUCUCAAAAGGCAUAAAAAAACCCAUACUGGAGAGAAACCCUAUGAAUGUAAUCAAUGUGGUAAAGCCUUUGCAGAUCAUGAUCAACUUCGAAAACAUGAAAGAGUUCAUACUGGAGAGAAACCUUACAAAUGUAAUGAAUGUGGUAAAGCCUUUGCACAAUACAGUACUCUCAAAAGGCAUGAAAAGACCCAUAUUGGAGAGAAACCCUAUGAAUGUAAGCAAUGUGGUAAAGCCUUUACACAAAAGGCUCAUCUCAAAAUACAUAUAAUAACACAUACUGGAGAGAAACCUUACAAAUGUCAUCAGUGUGAUAAAGCCUUUGCAUCUCAUGGUAAUCUCCAAGUACAUAAAAGAACACAUACUGGAGAGAAACCCUAUGAAUGUGAUCAGUGUGGUAAAGCCUUUGCACAUCAUUGUCAUUUCCGAGUACAUAAAAGAAUACAUACUGGAGAGAAACCUUAUAAAUGUGAUCAAUGUGGUAAAGCCUUUGCAGAUCAAGGUCAACUUCGAAAACAUGAAAGAGUUCAUACUGGAGAGAAACCUUACAAAUGUAAUGAAUGUGGUAAAGCCUUUGUAUGUAACGCUAGUCUCCAAGCACAUAAAGUAACUCAUAGUGGAGUGAAACCUUAUGAAUGUAAGCAGUGUAGUAAAUCCUUUGCCUCUCAUGGUCAACUUCAAGCACAUGAAAGAAUUCAUACUGGAGAGAAACCUUACAAAUGUAAUCAAUGUGGUAAAGCCUUUGUAGAACACAAUACUCUCAAAAGGCAUAAAAUAACCCAUACUGGAGAGAAACCCUAUGGAUGUAAGCAAUGUAGUAAAUCCUUUGCCUCUCAUGGUCAACUUCAAAAACAUGAAAAAAUUCAUACUGGAGAGAAACCUUAUAAAUGUAAUCAAUGUGGCAAAGCCUUUGCAGAUCAUGGUCAACUUCAAAAACAUGAAAGAAUUCAUACUGGAGAGAAACCUUACAAAUGUAAUCAAUGUGGUAAAGCCUUUGCAUACCAUUAUGAGCUUCAAAUGCAUAAAAGAAUACAUACUGGAGAGAAACCCUAUGAAUGUAAGCAAUGUGGUAAAUUUUUUGCUUCUCAUGGUCAACUCCGAAAGCAUAAAAGAAUACAUACUGGAGAGAAACCCUAUGAAUGUAAGCAAUGUGGUAAAUUUUUUGCUUCUCAUGGUCAACUCCGAAAACAUGAAAGAAUUCAUACUGGAGAGAAACUUUACAAAUGUAACCAAUGUGACAAAGCCAUUGCAUAUCAUAGUUAUCUCCAAGUACAUAAAAGAACAUAUACUGCAAAGAAGCCCUAUGAAUGUAAUUAAUGUGGCAAGGCCUUUGCAUAUGAAAGUUAUUUCCAAGUACAUAAAAGAAUACAUACUGGAGAGAAACCCUAUGAAUGUAAGCAAUGUAGUAAAUCCUUUGCCUCUGGUCAACUUCAAAGUCAUCAAAGAAUUCAUAAUNGAAAGAAACCUUACAAAUAUAAUGAAUGUGGUAAAGCCUUUCCACACCAUCGUAAUCUUCGAAUGCAUAAAAGAAUACAUGAUGGAGAGAAACCUUACAAAUGUAGAAAAUGUGGCAAAGUCUAUUCACAAUCAAGUCACCUCCAACUACAUGAAAGAACACAUACUAAAGAGUAAUCCUAUGAAUAUAACCAAUGUGGUAAAGCUUUUACAGCGAUCUUGAAAGGUGUGGUGGUUUAAAACUACUUGGCCCAUGGAAAGUGGUAGUAUUCAGCAGUAUGGCCUUUCAGGAAUAGAUAUGGCAUUUGAGAAAGUAUGUCAUGGUGGGGGUGGACUUUGAGAUCCUAUGCUUAAGCUCCACACAGGGCAGAAGAGUCUUCUGGCUGCCUUCUGAUCAAGAUGUAGAACUCGUCUCCUGCAGCACUAUGUCUGCUUGGACACUGCCAUUUUUUCAGCCUUGAUAUUAGACUGAACCUCUGAAUCUGUACACUACCCCCAAUUAAAUGUCCUUUAUAAAAGUUACCUUGGUCAUGGUAUAUUUUCACAGGAAUAAAACCAAAAUUAAGACAAAUAACAUAAAAGAUAACCCACUGGAGAGAAACUGACAAGCAGAUAGUUCUCUGCAUGUUUGAUAACAGAAAUAACAUGUUUUUGAUAGUUUCUUCUUCCUUCUCCUCUCUUUCCGUUUUUCCUCAUCUAUAUCUUCCUACAUCUUUUCCUUUCCAUUUCUCCCCCCCCCCCCAGGAUAGUGAUAUAUUAAGAUAGAAUCUCACAUAUAGCCCAGGGUAGUCUUGAAUUGAAAAUCCUUCUACCUCUAUCUCUUGAAGGCUGAGAUUAUAAGUGUGUAUAUCAUGCCCAGGUUUUUCAAGCUGAAUCCAUGGAUGUGGAACCCUGAGUUACAAAUUUCUGUCUAAUCUUUGGGAAAUUGCUAAGCUGAUGAUAAUAUUGAGGAGUAGACUCAAAGAGUACAGCCAUUCCUCCACUUCUAUUAGCUCCUGGAAUCCCAUUACUAUAGGGAUAUGGAGUAAGCCUAGGCAUUCGUUCUAAAGCAGUCUGUUUCACUUGAGACAAUAAGAGGCACCAAAAUGACCAAGAGGGACUAGAACUUAAAGCAACAUAAAGGCCUUCUCAAGCCAGACAAGGACUCCAGGAGAUACUCUAACAGAUUUAGUGAUCCAUGGUCAGAGAGGACCAACCCCAUUGUAUUAGGAGGUGAAAGAGAGGGUUCCAAGGUACUUCCCUCUUGCUUCAUAUAGUGUUUAUUUAAACCCAGACACAUACUGGAUAGAGUAGAGAUGAGUAUCUUUAAGAGUCACAUGGCAUUCUUUCUAGACCAUCAUCCAUGUCCAAAGAGCAUCAGAACAUGGGAUCUGCUACUGAUGCAUUGAAGCAGUUCCAGAAAGAUCACUGUCAUGUGCCUAUUAGUUUUUGAUAUGUUUAAUUCUAAGCUUCUUCAGAAUUUGGAAGGAUGAUAGGAAGAUGGGCAGGAAAAGAAAAGUCUUGUGGGUUUUCCUUAAUGCUUUCCCUCCUGUGUUCUACAUAAUGCAAAGCAUGAACUAUGAUUGGUCUCUGAGGUCUUUCACUGUUUCUCAUUGGUAAUGUUGCCUGAUGAGCAGGUAAUGAAUUCUGGUCUUUAAUGUGCAUGCAGAGAUCAUGAUUUCCUAAUAAUUCAAUGUGUUUUCUUAGAAUCAACAUUGUAUUGAAUAUACAAAACAUGUAAACUGAUUUACAGUGUAUGGAGGAUAUGUCUGGGUUCUGUGCUGUUACUACCCAAUUCUAUGUGCAUUGAGUGUAGUUUAACUCCACUGUAUUGUUGUGGCUGCUCAGUAUUGCUUAUUGACCAUUC